AUGGAAAAAGCACCCAAGACAUUAGCUCACCAAAUCGGAGGGAUCCAGAACGAUGCACUUCGCUUCGGCCUCCACGGCGUUAAGAGCGACCUCGUCGGAUCUCACCCUCUCGAAGCUGCCCACCGAUCUAUAAUUAAGAAUCAAGAAGACAUGAAGAGGAAAGUCCUUGCAAACACUUAUGGAUCUGCCUUUCCUUUGAAGAUGGACCUGGAUAGGCAAAUUCUUUCUCGAUUUCAGAGACCUCCUGGACCUAUUCCUUCUUCAAUGGUUGGUUUGGAAGCCAUGACAGGAAGCUUGGAUGAUUUUGGUUUUGAAGAUUAUCUGAAUGAUCCUCGUGAAUCCGAAGUUUAUUGCCCUCUGGACAUGCAUCAUGGAAUGGAGGUUCGCCUGGGGAUCUCUAGAGGACCAGUUUGCCCAAGUUUCGUUUAG